AUGGCGAAGAAUAAAGGCAAUAGCAACAGCAGCCGGGCUGAGAUGUUCGGUCAAAGCAGUGUCUCCCAGCAACAACAAGAGCAACAGCAGCAGCAGCAGCAAGUGCCCUCUUCAAGACCAGCUUCAGCAAUGGAUACCGCGGAAUUGGCAGAUAUGGAUACUGACACAAACUUUUUCAAGGUGUUGACAGAUAAUCUGAAGUACGUGUUUACUAGCCCUGUUCCAAACACACAGACUUUGACUAGCAACUUCCCAACUCCUUACUCAUCGAAUCAUUUGGAUCCUAUGGGUCAGAGAUCCGGCGGGAACGGUAUGCGGAACCCAGAUUCUUCCUUUAUUGACAAGACGUUGAACUCGCAGUUCUAUAAUAAUAGCGGUAGCAACACAAGUACUACUUUGCAAGAUAUUAACGUGCAACCUUCUUCUGCACUUCAUUUCCCCAAUCUGAAACAGCAGCCGCAGAGAAACGUACAACAUACACAUCAAACAGCACCAACAUCAAACAGCAAUUAUACAGGUGGUCACAACAAUUCUACGGCUAAUAAUACCACGACUACUACCACUACUAAUGCUAAUAACAACAACAACAACAACAAUAAUAAUAAUAAUAUUCCUAAUGAUUUUCUACUAGCGUCACCAGAGCAAAUGAGAGAGUUUCUGUAUGAUUCGCCAGCCGUGGGGCUCAACUUGUUCCAUAACACACCUGCAAAGACUCCACUGCGUUUUAUCACAGAUUUCAAUGGGGAGAACAUUCAAAAUUCUGAAAACUCAAAUUCUAAUCUUUUGUACUUGUUCAACUCAGUGAAUGGGAUCUCAAAUGAGGGGCUUACAAUGGACAAUGCUGGUACAACGGGUAACAAUACGGGCAAUUCGACCCGAACACCGCUUCGGAAGAUUGAUGUAAACCUGAUGUUCAAUCAAGUAAAUAAUUCCCUAUCGCCGUCUAAGAGACAGACAUUGUCUUUGACGCCCUACGGUAGGAGGAUACUGAACGAUAUCGGCACGCCGUACGCUCGGAGUGGAAUGUCCUCGAAUAGUGCCCUCGUCGAUUUCCAAAAGGCUAGAAAGGACACGUCACCGACUUUUGACAGGUCACCAGAUUUAGUCCGUUUGGCAAAGAAAGCGAUGGUUUCCACGCCGCAAGUUGGAUCGAAAGGGGAGCCACAGAAAUCAAAGAAACGAACUUUGAAUCAGAUUCCUAAAUUGCAGAAAAAACCUAGGGCAAGGAACCUCAAGAACUCGAUAGCACCAAAUGACGAGAACGUGGAUAUUAUAGGCGGUAUGGACUCCGGUGACGAAAACGGCGUCCCAUGUGGAUCAUCCCCCACUACGAUCCAGUUACAUUCUUCUGUAACCAAAUCGUUGCCUAAACUGAAUCGUUCAGUACAAGUUCCAACGAUGACCAGAAACAUGUCACUUAUAGACGAAAAUUUGAUGGACCUGAGGACAAGAAUCACGUUAUCGCCAACGCCGAAGUCCAAUGUCAAAAAAUUGGUGAACCCUAGUCUGAAUCUGUUCCCAGUUCCCGAUUUGCCCAAAAUGGGCUCCUUCAAAAGUGACCUCUCUGCUACCCAUGAACCAGUUGUAAAGCAAGUUCCCAACACGUCAUCUUCGUCGUCUGGGCCCAGCUUGCCGCGGUCUCUUUCCGAUGCCACAUCAACGCUGGCGUUACAACCUACGGGAGGCUCAAACUCAGGACCGUCUAAGAAGAAGAAGAUUGUGAAAAAAAAGAAGUGCAAAAACAAGAACAAGAACAAGGAACCCAAGUUCCAGAUUUUCGUAUCCUCUGUGCAUAAAUUCAACGAUCCAAAUUCUACUCUCCCGAUGAGCCAGAUGAAAGGCGCAGAGAGGAUGCGAAAUACGAUCAACGUCGAUAAGAAAAAAUGA